AGAUCUCACGCGAAAUCUUUCAGUCCGUCCGUUUUUUUUUCUGUUUAACGCGCGAUCGGGAAUUUCACAUAUUUGGUGUGUGUGUUAGCCCGAUUUUCUGUGCGUUUUUUUCUCUAGGCCAAUUUUACCGAUUCAAGAUUUUUCUGAACGCGGUCGUAUGUUUUCACGCGGUCGUUUUUGAGGGACUUUGUUAAAGCGUAUAUUAAUAAUUAACACGAUGCCACCGCAAGAGAAGGUCAUCGAACAUCAGCAACAACAACAAAGCGAUGACGGUUUGAAGAUGGAUAAUACCAUUGCGGGAUACACGAACAAAGCCUUCGUAGGCGAGGAAAACCACAACUGCGGGGAAAAGAAGUCGGAAAAGGGCCUUAAUGAGACGUCGACGCUUCCGGUUAAUCCGGGGGGCAGUUUCGAAUUCGACGAUCUGUUCCCCCAUAUCGGGGCGUUCGGGUACUACCAGAUAUUCCUCUUCUUGAUGAUGAUCCCUUUUGCAUUUUUUGUCGCCUGGGUCUAUUUCACGCAGAUCUUUAUUACGCUGGUACCAGAGAACCAUUGGUGCUGGGUACCGGAGUUGGAAAACUUGACAGUCGAAGAAAGGAUAGCCCUGGCAAUCCCCAUGGACGGAGAGGUGUUGAACAGAUGUAGCAUGUACGACGUAAAUUACACGGAAAUUAUACAAAAAGGGGUGAAAAGUGCCGAUCCCUCUUGGAAAACUAUCAGAUGUAGAAGCGGCUGGGAGUAUAACACUACCGAGGUGCCAUAUUCUACCAUUGCCACAGAGAAUGACUGGGUAUGCGACAACGCAGCCCUACCCAGUACCGCCCAAUCAAUAUUCUUCUGCGGUGCGAUCUUGGGCGGUUUGGUCUUCGGUUGGAUCGCGGACAGAUGGGGCCGAAUCCCCGCCCUGGUGGGCACCAACUUGGUGGGCUUCAUCGGGGGCAUGGCCACCACCAUGUGCGCCUCCUUCUGGACCUUCGCCGCGUGUCGUUUCUUGGUCGGCAUGGCCUUCGAUAACUGCUUCACCAUGAUGUACAUCUUGGUGUUGGAAUAUGUGGGACCUAAAUGGCGCACCUUCGUCGCCAACAUGUCCAUAGCGAUAUUCUUCACGUUCGCCGCCUCAAUAUUGCCCUGGAUCGCUUUGUGGACCGCCAACUGGAAAAUGUUGUGUUACAUCACCAGUGCCCCACUGGCUUUGGCGAUUUUGACCCCCUGGAUCGUGCCGGAGUCCGCCAGGUGGUUGGUGUCCCAAGGGCAGUUCGAUAAAAGCAUCGGGAUCCUUAGGAAGUUCGAACGGUUUAACAGGAGAACUGUCGAUCCCAAGGUUUAUGACAGUUUUAGGGCAAACUGUAUCAAGAUCCAACAAGAAGAAGAGUGCGGUAAGAACUACACCGUCCUGGACCUCUUUAAGACCCCCCGCCUAAGAAAAAUCACCAUUAUCCUGAUUUUGUUGUGGAUGGCCAUCUCAUUGGUGUUCGACGGUCACGUGAGGAACGUAGGCACCCUGGGAUUGGACAUCUUUUUGACGUUUACCAUCGCGAGCGCCACCGAGUUUCCCGCUGAUACAUUUUUGACUUUUGUACUCGACUUGUGGGGGCGCAGGUGGCUCGCUUGUGGUUCCAUGGUGAUUAGUGGAAUUUUUAGUUUGUUGGCUACUGUCGUACCAUUGGGAAUCCCGUCGGCAACGUUGGCGAUCCUCGGCAGAUUCGCCAUUAACAUCUCUUACAAUAUCGGUCUUCAGUAUGCGGCCGAACUGUUGCCCACGGUAGUAAGAGCUCAAGGAGUUGCCCUUAUCCACAUAAUGGGCUACGUGGCUAGCAUAGUGGCCCCAUUUGUCGUUUAUUUGGCCAAUAUUGAUCUCUCCUUACCGCUGUUGAUCCUGGGUGUCCUGGGAAUCCUCGGGGGGAUCCUGGCGCUCUUCUUGCCGGAAACCUUGGACCAGGAGCUGCCGCAGACGUUACAAGAUGGAGAGAACUUCGGUGUCGAUCAGAAGAUAUGGGACUUUCCUUGCAUCAAAAAAUCUGAGCCAGAGAAACCAGCUCUACAAAGAUCGACCUCGACAAGAUCGUCGAUCAGGGCCUCGAUUAGGGGCGAAAUUCGAUCGAGCAUGCUCAACCGGGGGUCGAUACGAUCGCGAAAAUCGAUAACGAUGCCCGAAAACCUCGCGGUGUGAGGUCGUUAUUCUUGUAGACUGAUGUACGAUUUUUUUUGUUUAGGUAAUUUAUUAUUUUAUUUAAAAGUUGUUUUAUGAACAUUGGCAACAUGUGGCAACACUGCUUGCCACGAGUGCUGACGAAUCUUUCCGACAUCGAAGCGGUGUUGCCAUAUGUCCGCUGUAAGUGAGUUCAAUGACUAAUUGGUUCAAGUUUUAUACUAACUCUGGGCAGUUAAUUAUAAUUUGACAAAGAAACCAAAUUCUAAAUUAUAUAAAAUAUAUACAACGCCCUGUAUAUAUUUUUACCAAAAUAGUAUUAUAUAUAAGUACCUAUAUAAUGUAAAUUAUAUUAUUAUCCUUUAAAAGCUGUGAUUUCUGGCGCAUAUUGUUGGUGCUAAAAUGUUAGGUUAGGAUUAAGUUACCGUAUCUACAGCUGUCAGACGUAUAAAAGACAUUUUUUGUUUAGUAGAUUUAUUUAUUUUAUUUUAUUUAUGUUUUAUUAUUCAAUUGCUUCAUACAAUAUUGGACAUAAAUAAAUAAAUGUUAAGAUACA